UCAUUCAAAGAUAUCUUCGUUUCAUAGAAAAAAACAAUAAAAACCAAAUUUUAAAAAGAACAAAAAAAAAUCUAUUUGAGGAGAAAAAUAGCUGUGACAAAGCUAAAGAGGCGACGUACCUAACCACAACCAGAUCCCCAAAAACAGAGAACUUCUCGAUACGAACGCCAAAGAGAAGAUGAUGGGUGUGGUGAAGUCGGCGAUUGGGGAUAUGUUGAUGACCUUCUCUUGGGUUGUCCUCUCCGCGACUUUUGGAAUCCAGACGGCGGCGAUUAUCUCCGCCGGCGAUUUUCAGGGAAUCACUUGGGCUCCGUUGGUGAUCUUGACGUCGUUGAUUUUCGUCUACGUCUCGAUCUUCACCGUUAUCUUCGGUAGCGCUAGCUUCAAUCCUACCGGAAACGCCGCCUUUUAUGUCGCCGGUAUCCCCGGAGAUACUCUUUUCUCCUUGGCGAUUAGAUUACCCGCUCAGGCAGCUGGUGCGGCAGGAGGUGCAUUGGCCAUCAUGGAGUUCAUACCAGAGAAAUAUAAGCAUAUGAUUGGAGGACCUUCUCUUCAGGUUGAUGUGCACACUGGAGCUAUUGCAGAAACGAUCUUAAGUUUUGGUAUUACCUUUGCGGUUUUGCUGAUUAUCCUCAGGGGUCCACGGAGAUUACUCGCUAAGACAUUCUUGCUUGCUCUUGCAACCAUCUCAUUUGUUGUCGCCGGGUCUAAAUACACUGGACCAGCCAUGAAUCCUGCCAUUGCAUUUGGGUGGGCAUACAUGUACAGCUCCCACAACACAUGGGACCAUAUCUAUGUCUACUGGAUCAGUUCUUUCGUAGGAGCAUUAUCUGCUGCAUUGCUCUUCCGUUCUAUCUUCCCUCCAGCUCGGCCACAGAAGAAGAAACAAAAGAAAGCCUGAGGAAAACCAGUUGGGAGAACACCGGUCAGAUUCUUCACCGGUUUGGGCUGUAGAAAGAAAGAUUAAGAAAAUUGUUCCAUUCUUAAAUAAGGAGAACAUAAAAAGGAAUCAAAUCUCCUUCUCAUUGUUUAGAUUCACGCUUAUUUAUAUGGAUUCUCUUCUAUGUUUACUUCCUUGUUCAUAAGAAAUCUCCUUCUGUUACCUCUAUCACUCUUCUCUGCUACUUUCGGUUUAGUAACGUCCAAAAUUCUAAAUUA